GGAGGACGAGGAAGAGGAGAAGGGAAGGAGAGCAGAGGGUGCUGCAGCCAUGUCAGACACACCUUUGCAGAGGAACGGCACAGCAACAGCACCGAUGUCGUGUGAGGAGGCUCAGCUCCACAAAGAGAGGCUGCAGGCCUUGGCGGAGAAGCGAAAACGGCAAACGGAGAUUGAAGACAAAAGAAGCCAGCUCGAUGACCUGGUGCUACAACUGCAGCAUCUCAAGUCCAAAGCCAUGCGUGAGCGAUGGCUCCUCCAGGGAAUGGGAGCGGAGGAAGGGGAGGCACGGCGGAAACAGCUGGAACAGGAUGAAGAACAAGGGAAGAAGCUCGAGGACCUGAUUCAUAGGCUGGAGUCUGAAAUCGGUGCACUUGAGAGCGAAGAGUCUCAGAUAUCAGCCAAAGAGCAGGUUCUACGGGAACGUCUGAAAGAGACAGAGCGGUCGAUAGAAGACCUGCAGAAGAGUCUGAUGACCCAGGAUGGAGAUGCCACCGGCUGCAUGUCCGCCCCUCUCUCGGACUGCACGGACCCCGAUCCUGCUCACUUCGUCCUGGCCUCGCAGCCCCGGACCGGCCCACCUGCCCCUGGAGAGCACGCCAUACCAAGACCUGCAAUGUUUGCCAUGGAGAUCAACGUACAGCACGACCCACAGACCGGCGAGCAGCGCAUCCUGUCAGCCAACCGCGUGAGCCCGCUGGAUGCGGCGUCACGCGGCGUCAAAGUCUACGAUGAUGGCAGGAAAGUAGUCUACGAGGUCACUUCCUCCAGGGGCGUGUCCACCACCGCCGUGGAGAACGGUUGGAGCUCUGCGCAGGUUGACCAGCUGGUCCAGCGAGCUGCCAGACCUGUCGUGCAAGGAGGAGACGGCAACAGGGGUCAGGUGACGGUGACCCCAGCUGCUCCCCAGGCCUACGUUUCCCCAGCAGAUGUCGAUGAUCUGUCUCCACCCUCCUGCGCCCCACCAUCCAUCCCUUCAAGCCCACCAGCGCAGGUCACCCUCCAGAGGGAAACCCGGCUUGGCAUGAUGCCCCCCUCUGCUCCCAUUACAACCCAGCCCGGCUCCUCAUCCCACCCGGGCGCCGAGCUCACCUCCCCACCUCAAGCCAGCGCGGAGCACCCGGUCACCAUGGUGUUCCUUGGCUACCAGGACGUUGAGGACAUGAGCGAGAGCAGGCGGCUGCUAGGCUUUGACGGCGCUGUGAAGGCCGAGGUGGUCCUCAUCGACGAAGACGACGAGAAAUCGCUGAGGGAGAAGACGGUCACUGACCUAUCCAUCAUCGACGGCACAGCGGCCGACCUCGUGUCAGGGCGGCCGGUCACGUCUGAGGCCGUCAGCACGGAACUGUCAUCUGACGGCCGUGAGCCUGACAGCGCCUCCUCGCCCCCCGCCAAUCCCGAUGCCACCACGGCCCCCCCGCCCGGCCUCACCCCUGCCACAGGCCACGGCCAAACACCAGGGGUUACCGUGACAACAGAAAAUGGGUAUCAAGCUCCCAUUCCGACCAGACAUCCUCACACUGCCAUGAAAUCGUGGCGAGCAGCCGAGGAUGUCAGUGACACAGUACCAAGAGAGCGAGCCCUGAAGAGCGUCAGUUUCCAGGAAUCAGUCAGCAUUAUCACUGACAGGUCUGCAACCAUGGAACUGGAGAGCCAGCAGAUCCAACAUGGCUGCCUCAGCAGCCCCAGUAACCGAGCCCACAAUGCCGUUGGUGUGAAAGUGGAGACUCCUGACAGCGAGGUGGUGCAGGAGAUCCGUUACUUGGACCAGGUUUUGGACGCCGCCUCAGAAACACCCACCAAUGGAAACUCUUCCCCGUCAGAACACACCAGACCAAUCACCAUCGACGGAAACUCUCCGUCUGUCUGCGUGUCGGCCUCUUCUCCUGUCAAUCACCUGUCAGUCGUUGUGGAGGGGCAGCGACAAACCACGUUCCUCCACCACGAGGCUCCGAGGACCAACGGGCACGUGCAGGGCGAGGAGUCAGAGCGCAGCGGGGCCAAGUUUGAGCUGAGAGCGUUUCAGGAGGAGAGACGGCCAGCGAAACUCUUCUCCCCCGGAGAGGAGCAGCAGGUCAGGGUGACGAGGAGACGACCCACAGAGGAGGUUCAGGAGCUUGAGCGUGAGCGUCAGGAGCUGAUCAAAGACCAGGCAGUGAAGAAGAACCCUGGGAUCGCCCAGCGCUGGUGGAACCCUCCUCAGGAGGUUCCUUUGGAAGAACAGUUGGAUGCAGAGCAGCUUGAGUCUCUCAGGAAAUAUCAGGAGAGGAAACAGCAGAAACAGAAUCAUGCUUAUCCAUACACACAGGUGUCAGGUCCUGGCACAGUGGUGACCUUUGACCCAGAGCUAAACAGGAAGGUGGACAUUGUGGAGGAGCAGAUUGACUUCUCAUCUGCCAGGAAGCAGUUUCUGCAGGGGGAAGCUACCAAGAGGGACAUAGCUCCCCAGAUAUACUCCGCCAAACCCUUUUCGAAAUCCAUACCCAGGGGCAGCCAGGGGAGCAGUGACAUUGUCGCAGAAACUGGAGAGACCCGUGUGACCUGGUCUGAUGAAGGUCUGGCAGAAGAAUUCACUUGCGCACGAGCUGUAAUGACAAUCCUGCGUGAGGAGGAGGAAGGGAAGGGUCAUUUCCAUCCAUCUUUCCACCCAGAAGAGUCUGACUCAGGAUUAGAUGAGCUAUCAGUCCGUUCUCAGGACACUACUGUGUUUAGCUUGGAUAAUGUUUCAGACAGCGGAGCUUCACUACCACCUACCCCAUUACCACUUACCCCGGUGUCACCGCCUACCCCCCAGCCCACCACACCAGUCAAUGGGCAAACCAGUGGCAGUCCAACAGAAGACGAGCUGGAGUACCACGCAGGGGUACUUGUCCAAAAUGCCAUCCAAAAUGCCCUGGCGGCUCAGAAUGGAGACGAGUGGCAGCCAUCUGACUUGAAUUCUUCACAACUGAGCACCCCUGUGUCUCCAUCCUCAGCUUCUACAAGUAGCCCAGUGCCAGUUUCUUCCUCUCCUGUGUCUUCUGGUGGAGCUCCCAGUCUCCAAUCACCUGUGUCCUCCAGUCCUGCUCCCUCCAACCUGUCCCCUCAGCUAGACAGACGGCCAGAGGUGAGAGUUGUUUCCCAAGAGAAGCCUUCAGAGCAGCAGCAGACCUCCAGUCCAGCAGAGCGGCCGCAGCUCCAGACGCCUUCUCCACCUCCUUCUCAGCCCAUCUCUCCACCACAGAGACCCAAAGAGGGAGGCCCCCGGAUCAAAAUCCAGUCCUCUUACACCAGAGCUCUUGCCUCUUCGGCCCCUGCUCCAGCUCCGGCCCCUGUCGCAGUAGCUCCAGUUCCCAGGCCAGCCCCAGUCUACCGUCCCCCUUCUCCUCCAAGCCCGGAGAAACCGGAGUUCAGCUACUUCAGCAAAUACUCAGAGGCGGCCGAGCUGCGCAGCACGGCAGCAGCAGUACGAGCCCCCGAGGUCGAGCCCGCCAGCGGUCCGUUCCGCCUGCGCUCCAAGAAGCAAAGAACUUUGUCAAUGAUCGAGGAGGAGAUCCGAGCAGCUCAGCAGAGGGAGGAGGAGCUGAAGAAACAGAGGGAGACGCAGCCCGUUGUCAUCGUCCGCCCCAGCAACACUUCCAGUAGCAGUCAUGGUCACAUGAGGACGGGGAUGCGGCAAACCACCAUCUCCCCAGCAGAUAAGAUGAAGAGCAACAGCCUGCCAGCCAGACUCACACUGACAGCAAGGACAGCGCCAGGAAAGAUUGAGAAGGUGCGACCUGUUCCGCCUGUCUCACCCUCACCUUCAGAGGGAGCCCUCUCUGACGCCGGCAGCGAGGACUCUGGAGGAUCACGGCCCAAAAACUUCAUGCAGACGCUUAUGGAAGACUAUGAAACCCACAAGGUGAAGAGGAGGGAGAAACUGGAGGACAACAGUGUUCUGGAGGCCACUCGUGUCACCAGGAGGAAAAGCGACAUGGCGCUGAAGUGGGAAGCCGGUAUCUACGCCAAUGAGGAAGGAGAGGAAGAAGAAGAGGAAGAGGAGGAGGAGGAGGAGGAGGAGGAGGAGUAAAUGGCUUCUUUCAGAGACAGUUAAGGGGCCGAGUGGAAAGGAGGAGGAGGAGGAGGCAGAGACUGAAGGAAAUAUGUAGGAGAAGAAGUGGAGGAGAAGGAAAGAUAAAGGAGAGGGAAAAGGAACCAGUAUUUAUUUUACUAAUAGUAUUCUGAUGAUCACAUGACCCACUGGCUCGACCAAUGGGGCUCAUCGAAGAGAUGCAUCAAGUUGUGGUGUUUGGACCUGAGGGGUGAAGGUGCAGCAGAAUGUGGGGUGACUGAGUAUGUGAGAGACAUUUUAAAGUGUUGAGGUGAGUUUAGAGAGGAAAAGCUCAGUGAUGUGAGAGACACUUUGAAACGGUCUCAUGGUGGUUAAAGAGCGCUGUUCAGAAGUGUGUUUAGGAUAAAAGGUUUUACUAGCUGGUAGACGCUGAAUGACUUCAAUAUUCAUAGGAUUUUUCAUUUACCUGUAAUUUUUUUAUUGAAAUGUGGGCUGAGAUCUAAAGAUUUUAUUUUGACAGGGUGCCUGACACUUGAUGAUGGUUUUUGGCAGUGGGUGCUUGAUAAUAAUAAUAAUAAUAACCCCGAUCAUCUUGAAACUGUAUUCAAAGGUUUUCAUGACCAACAGGAAAAAAAAAGAUGCAGAAGACAAGCAGGUGUGUGUGGAGUGAAUAUCAAGAAAUGUCUGACUGGAAGUUGUUCAAGAAAGGAGAAAAGGCGAGACGUAGUCACACGACUCGGACAUCAUUUCGUGAUGAUGCCGCAGGAGGGGCUGCGAUGUUUGAAGCAGUUUAACCUCCUGUGUCUUGCAUAUAACACACAUAUGACAUGUCUGGUGCGAGCUUUCACAGUCCUUGCAAGCAUCUGCAUUAAAUCUAAAGUGCCGUCUCGGGGGGGGGGUCAGCGUCCCUGCACUGAAUGCUAGUGAGGAAAUGUGAAAAAAAUUUAAAAAACUAGCAUCAAGGUUCAACUUUGCCUUAGACUAGUCAGUAAUUGUUGGGAUGCACAAUAUGUAUGAUGUAUUUUAUCUCCUCCUACUCACUACAGUUUCAGUAGACAUUAGAGAACAUACGCAACCACAUUAGAUCGAACGUCCGUCUGUAACGCACUAUUCUUCUGUGAUUUCCUGGCCGUAAAGUGCAGUAAGUUCAGCGAGGAGGAGUCCAGACAGAUGAGAGAAGAGGGAAGCUAACUGCAGGUCAUGUUCGGGUCACUUCAGUCAGUGUGUGUGUGUUAAUUAAAGGGCUGGGUCGGGGGUUUUCUAUUCUAAAAAUCACUUAUUUUACCUUUGCUGGCUACGUCGCUUCGUUGACCUGUGCUUUCUGAUGUAAGCAGUCGUUUCAUGUAUUAUACUGAGGUAGGACUGUGUAUUUGAUAUAUGAUCAUGUAUGUUGAGAGUCCAGUGGGGCGCCUGUUGUGUAUCUACUAUACCUUGCUAGCUGAGGAUAAAGUUUGAUGAGAAAUAUUGAAAAAAAAAAAAAAACUUUUUAUGAAAAGUUGUUAUACCAAAACAGAAUGUAGUUAUUUAGUCAGCCUACGCUCCUAAGUCUAUUUAAGAAGUGCUGAUUGUGUGCAUGACAUUACACUCCUUUCCUAACCUGACACAAGCACACAACAAGCAGGGGGAAGAAGGCGGGUGAUCAGUGGAGAGGCUCCAUAUGAGGCUGCGGCAACAGGCCUCUGUUCAGGGGACGCUCAUGAGCUGGGAUUGUUAGGGUUUUUUUUUUUUUUAGGACGAUGUGAUUUUCUGUUUUGUUAAAUGAGCGCAGUACAGGCCUCUGUGAGUGUGGUGAUACUGUGGAUUCACGUCCAGGUGUAGAAAACAAGAGAACAAGGCUCAGCUUUCUGCGUUAAAACACGUCGAAACACAAUUGGGAAUGAAUCCCCGGAGCCUACGGGACCGUCAGUAAACAUGAAUUCAGUAGAAGUCUGUAGAAACGGCAUUUUAGAACCACUUUAACUGAAAAGUAGCAAAAUGUUUUUGCUUUUCAGGCUCGGGUUAGCUUGUUUGUUGAAGGCUUUGAGAUUUCUUUUUCAGGAGGGUGGUGAGAAUGGAUUUCCUGUAAACAGCAGGUCACAGUUUUGAUCACCACAUCUGCAAGUGUCCUUCAGCGAGGCACUGGCCUUCACUGGCUGAAAGCCUCAGCUGAGCGCCUGGAAUAUAAACAUUCGCUGAGGUGAAGCAUUGACACAUCGGCAGUUACAGCUCUAUUAUGUUUGUUGGGACCGUCCCGUCCUGAGUGCAGGUUUAAUUAUCUCUUAUAAUAUGCUCUGCCUACAAGAAGCAAAAACCAAGGACUCGUGCCUCUGAUGUGUCCUCACCAAAACAAAAAAAACACAGAGAAGCCCUCUUGUUCCUGUUUUAAUGCACAUCUAAUAAUAUAUAAAAUUAGAGAAGUAUUUAAAGUCCCUUUUUAUGACAUGUUCUUGUGGUGAGGGACAAAUGAGGGGAAAAAGAACAUGAUUUGAGCUGUCAGACAGAACGACUGGUAUGUCGAUGCGAUUUUUAGAGGAGACGUGGGCUGAAAGAGACGUUUUCUGUGUGUGCUUGUUUAUAUUUUUCAGGAUGGAUGAUAGAUGCGGAUCCUUUGUAACGGAGCAUAGUUUUACAGUGGCCUCUUCUGGAUGCCGGCUGAGCAUCCUCCGUGUCUGAGCUAUAUUCACAGCAAGAGCUAAGUUUUAAGCAGCAAAAGCAAAACGGCUACUCCUUUACUGCACUGUAGCUGCAGCAGCACAUCGCAAAACUGCGUUACUGUACACACACACACACACACACAGAGCCCAAAACCAUUUUGAGUUCUCAUUAAAUCCACUAUAACGCUUCUGAAAUGAUACCAGACAUCAUGCACCCGCAGAGCAGAUAUGUGUGACUUAUUAUUAUUAUUAUGCUUUUGUUGUUUGAAUUCAUGGUGCAGAGAUGAUUUAUUUAUCAUUUUUAAAUGCUGGUAGCUUGUUUUCGCCUGCAGGAGCGCCCGAGCGUCGCUGUGGGACUCGCACUGUCUGUGUGUGACAAAGCAGUCUUAUUAUACAGUAUAACCUCUGUUCCUAUGUUAACCACUUGUAACGCUCAUACCCUGCUUUGUUAUUUUAUAGCUCAUGUAAGGCUCACAGUUAUACACCUACUAUACAUAUUAUGAAUAUUUUCUCAUUAAAAACAAAACCUGUA